UUCUUUUCUGCCUUCUUCUCGCAGAGAAAUCUGAUGAACUUCAACAGUGCAAAGUACAUAUCAACAGUUCUGAUAACAUUCAGCAAUUUGAAGUGUAUAUAAACUGUUCUCUUGUGAUUAGACUGAAUUCAACAAAAGGGAUCCCAGAGGAUAUUAAAGUAAAGUUGGAAAAACAAGGAAAUCGCAGGCACAUAGGAAACUGUAGCAAGAAUUGCAAAGGAAACAUUUCAGAGUCUGACUACAUCAUCAAUGUUAUAAAUAACAGUAUAGUGCUGGGUAACCUUGGAAUAAAUGACUCUGGACUAUAUUCUAUAAAGUGUUCCUAUAACACCACACUUCAAAAAGAUGAUUUGAAAUUUAAUAUCACAGUCAUAGAGAAUCCUACUACCAAAUCCGAGGCUGAAUUGCACAGGACUCUCACGGAACACAAAGGAAUGAAUAAACAAAAAUCUACAGUGGCGAUCGCAGUAAUUAUAUUGGUUGCACUGAUCCUGGGUUUCCUUUUUAUUCCGAAGAUGAAAAAAAUUGGAUGUUCUGCAGAGAACAUGGUGGAAACGAAAAAAAAACUCAAUGACCUGGAACAACAAGAACAGAAGGAGAUGUUCUUUCUUGGCCUCAUCCAUGUGUCCAAAACGCCACCUGUUACAAAAACUGUUCCUACACCAAAGAUAGAGGUGAACAUUGGAAGGAAUGCCAACGGCUGGUGUAGCGUCACCCUUCACUGUUCUGUCCCAGCAAACUCCUCAGGGAUAUCGUACAGUUGGCAGAAAGGGAAUAAAGAGACCGGACACCAGCGUUAUGGAAAUGGAAGCACAAUCCAGGUCUCACUGCCGAGCAAUUCAUGUUUAAAUGAGGAGUAUAUCUGCACCGUGUCUCGCUCAGCCAAUGAGAAAAGUGCCACCAUUCACAUAGAGAAUAACUGCUCGCUAAUCAAAAACUGCAACCAACUGUCCCUUAAGGGACACUUCAUAUCUUUUACAGCCAACACAAGUCUACCUGACUGUUCUACAAAUGGUUUUGCUAUGAGAUGGAAAAACAAAACAAUGUUGGAUCCAAUUGAUGUCAUAAUAUACAAUAAGGAUAAUUCUUCUAUCUUUCCUCAUUUCGAAAACCACAUGGAAUACAUCAAGGACUCCCACAUAAAAAUCUAUGACAUGAGGAUGGAGCACAGCGGGGAGUACACACUGUCCUCUUCAUAUAAUUGCAGAGACAGUAAAGAUGAAUUAUUUUAUAAUCUUACUGUAUACGAAGAUGUCUCUACACCUUACAUAACGCAUGAAAAGGACUGCAGUUGGACUGGCUGGUGUAAUGUCACUCUCCACUGUCAUGUCUCAUCAAACUCCUCAGUGAUUUCGUACAGCUGGCAGAAAGGGAAUAAUGAGACUGGGUACCCGCACUAUAUGAAUGCAAACACAAUCCAGUUCCCACUGCAGUGCUAUAUACCUCUGGAUGAGAAGUAUGUUUGCACUGUGGAUUACCCAGGGGGUCAGAAAUCCAGUGAAAUUUAUGCAAAGAACAUCUGCGAUGCCAAAGUAAAUUUGGUCCUUUGGACUAUAUUUGUUCUCGUGUUUGGGGCAAUUGUGUCCUGCAUUGGCUGGGUUAUUUAUAAGUGCAGGAGAUCAAAGAGAAAUGAGGAACUUUUCAGUAAGAAUCCGGGACUGCAGGCUGAGCUGUUAAAAGAGGGACUGCCCCUGAAAGAACUGGCACAGAUGGGAGAAACAAAAAGAACUUCAAGCAACAAUUUGAAAAUGAAUGAAGAAAAAUCAAAAGAAACCUGUUUACUAGGGAAAGAGUCACAACAUACAUAAACAAUUUCAUAUAAAAGAAUGACAAUGCAUAGUUACACAGUUAAUUUGGGUUGAAAAAAGUCAUUGAGUUCAAGCCCUCCAAGCAAGCCCCAGUGCACAUAGAUAGAUAGAUAGAUAGAUAGAUAGAUAUAGAUGAUGAUAGAUAGAUAUAUAGAGAGGUAGGUAGGCAGA